AAAGUGGAACGUUAAGUCCACUCUAGAGGCUUAGUAACUACUAUCUAGUUUGUAACUAACUCUGCACUUGACUCGGUCGCACCAUUUGUUCUUAAGGCAGAACGUAACUAGUUGGUUGUAAGCUCUCCGUAAAGUAAUAUGACGUUUACUCUCAAUAUUCUAAUAGCAGCAUUUAAAUAUGUGAGCAGUAGUUGUUUAAAUGCCAUGAAUUUCAGUUUAUUCUUCAUUUUUUUCCACUUUUGCCUCGCGUAACUAAUGGUAAAAUAAGUUUAGAAAUUCAUUAAGUGUGAUGUACUUAAUCGUGAAUAACAUAAUGUGUGUUUUAUAUAAAUAACAUUCAGAAACUUUAUACUGAUACAAAAAAAAAAAAAAAACAUUAGAAAUGACUUAUUGAUUAUGACUGAUUUUAUUUGACAUGCACAACAGGGAGCGAUGGGACCGUGCACACAGUGGCUCGAUGUUUAGGAAAGGAUUAGCAGGGAUUCAUUUGCCUGUGGAUACUCAGUCAAAUCAUCCCAUGGUGAUCUGAUUGGUCCGUCAUGUGGGCGUGGGCGUUACUUCCUGUCAUUCUGGCAGUGUUUGGAACAAUUGGGCUUUGGGUUGUGUAUGCCAUUGCAGUGUCCAAUAACACUGUUAAUAUAACUGCAGAAUUCCCUUACAUCAGCACAUGUGGUUCAUACUUCCCCCAGAGCUGCCUGUUUUCUCAGAUCUGCAAUAUUUGCUGUGUGUUGGCUCUAUGGAUUGUCACUAUCAGAUUUCAACAGAUCCGGGACUUGAGUUGUGCGUCUCGUUUAAAUACAGCCGGUCUGGUGCUUGGCUUCAUCUCUAGCAUUGGCAUUUCCAUUCUAGGAAACUUCCAGCAAUCUGUAGUGAAGGUGGUUCAUCUGCUUGGGGCGCUCCUGGCCUUCUUCCUGGGGUUGGCUUACUUCUGGGUCCAGACGUGGCUUUCAUACAACAGCCCGCCGUCACAUGACCGCUGGUGGGUGGUGCCUGUGCGUGUCAUCCUUUGCAGCCUGUGUACUAGUCUUGUCAUCUGCAUGUUUGCUCUCCAUAGCGCAGAGUUUCCCUCUGAAGCGGCCAUGUGUGAGUGGGCUCUGGUCAUGUGCUUCUUUGCGCUGUUUGGGAUUUUUGCAGCAGAGUUCAGACACAUUGACUUUCACAAGCUCACCGUACAGAAGAACGGGAUGAAAACCGCCAGUGAUGCUAAUGGUGUGUGGACAUUACAGGAGAUUCACUGAGGUAGAGCUGGCAAGUUGUGGCUGUGGUAAUGUGGAACAAACUCACCAUAUCAUAUGGACACAACAUUGGACUAAAACCUGCUCAACUUUGCUCAAUGCACAAAUAAACACAUAAUAUAAAACACACAUUUUACAGUAGAAAUGUUUCAUGAGUGAAUUCAUGAGCAACAUUGUUUACAUGAUAUGUAUAUACCUUAAAAUUAUUAUUGUGUAUAAUGUGAAAGGAUGGUAUCAAUGUAAUAUUAUUCCACUUGUUAAUGUUGUGGCAGUACAACCAAACUGUAUUUAUAUUCAAUAACAGCUUUCUUUGAUAAUGGUCAGAUACAAUUAAAUAUUAAUAACAGAAUAUAUUUAAUAACAUUAUGCAAAUAAAGUCAUAAAGGCUACAAUAAAGACCAAAGAGAUCUGUUUUGAGGUAUUACCAAUUUGACAAUUUAACCAUUGCUGAGUUAGUCUACAAAGUGAACAUUUAAAGCAAACAAAUAUGAUGGUAUUGUACUCUUUAACUGUUCAGUAAUUCACUUGUUGUAGUACUAGUAUAAAGUCGGCAUAAACGGAAGUUGCGAUAGAUUUUUCCAUAUAGUAACGGAUGUCCAAGUGAAACAGCUUCUCGAUGUUGGGGAAUUGGGAAGUGAUUGGAUAGUUGUGGUUUGCUAUAGCAUGUAACAGCCGGGUUCUUGAAGUAAAAAAUAUAUUCCUUUUCUCCAUAGGGGAAUUGAUUAUUAGCCCUACUGUGAGCUCCGAGGUCGUUAAUCGAUUGUAUUUGCUUCUGAUGAAGCCUUCAGCCCAUAUUUUAGCCCCAGGUUUAAAAUUGGAAUUUAUGGUGAAAAACUGCAUUACCCAUGAUGAUUCUGUAUAGAUAAAUACAACCAAUCAGAGAGUCCAAGCAAGAAGCAAAACAUGGCAAGAGAUGUCUUUAGCUCCGCCCACUACCAUACAGCACAGCAAAUAAUGUAAACGAGUCUUCCUAUGCUCUCAAUAUAUAUAUAAUCAACAUUUUUUUUCUUUCAUUUUUAAUUUGAUUAUACAAUGCUCCAUGGGAUUGCAGUUCUGUCCCUCACUAA